AUCAUCAGUUCACUCCGAACUGGCCUCGGCGGUGGAUGUGCGGUAGCUAGCUUUCUGGUUGAACACACCCGGUUUAAGAAGUGCGUGUGCGCGCGCGGAGUUAUAAAUCGGAAGACCCAACGAGAGUGGAGUCACGUGCAGGAAUUUUUUCAUGAAUGUGGUAAUGUGCUCGGAACUAUUCGUGAUUGGUUUUUGUUGGAUUGAUGUGCUAGUUAUUUCAGGGGGUAACCGGAACCAGCUGAUUUUGGCAAGUUGAAAUCCUAGUGCGAAACAAGUGAAAUUGUUUUUUAAGGUGUGAGGAGGCUGCACACAGUCUGCCGCUGGUAUUUCCAAAAAUUCCCGAUAAAGCGAAAUAUGUUCAAACACAUCGUGGAUAAUUGGUUUACGCGUAGAAAUGUGUUCAGUUAUGGAUUGAGUGUAACGACCGACGAUUUGUUUCGCGAAGUUUGAGUGCUGGAAGUCAAAAACAUCGCGAGUGGCGCGCACGGUGGAGAAGUGAAAUUAAUGUGCAAAUUGAACCAGUGAUCGGGUUGCAGCCUUUUCCUGGAUGAGCAAGCAGAAUUCAACAUCCACAGAGGAGGCAGAAACAGAAGCCGGCUGAGUUGAAACGUUAGCAACAACCGGCGUCCCGACAAUUUGCAGCUGAAGAUAACAUAUUUGAUCGGGAAGAAGCUUCUUCAUUCAUUGACCGCCCGAGUGAGGUUCGUUCGAAAGAAUUCGUUCGUUGCCAGUGAAGCAGGGGGAUUAACGAGCGAACGAAAGUUUCUUCAUUAGACAAGGUGACUUCUGUUCUGCAGAAAAAAAAAUGCUAACUACUGUCAUCCUAUUUGACAUAAAUAAAUACUCAACCGGUUCGUUGAGAUUCAUCAAUUCAAUUGUAUUCAUACUCACACCAAUCUCACCAACCAGACAGCGGUAUGAUGGAGCUUCAAUUGUCAGUGGGUGCCUCUACUACUGCUGCUACCACUACCACCACAAUCCUUAACCACUCCCUGCUGUAUCUGGAACUAUUCGCGGUGAGCUCGACGAGUUCAAGCCUACACGGCAGUGGGAAUUCCGCUACCACUAUACUGGCAGGAUUUGAUCUGCUCAACCCCAGCCCCAGCUCCGGGUCCGGUGACGCAUUGCUACUCUCUGAUCCACCGGUGAAAAUCAACGAUACUGGCGGGAGUGACACCGGCGGGCAGAGUCAGCUGGCUAACGAAAACUUCAACACCAAGGCGGACCCCAUUUGCAUAAUACUACCUAUCACGAUUUUUUACUGUUUUAUUUUCGUCGCGGGUAUCCUGGGAAAUCUCGCUAUCUGCAUAGUGAUUGCGAAAAACCGAUCCAUGCACACGGCCACCAACUAUUAUCUCUUCAAUCUGGCCGUGUCCGACUUCCUGCUGCUGCUGUUCGGCAUGCCACUGGAGGUUUACGGCACCUGGUACCCCUUCGCAUAUCCCUUCAAUCAGGUGGCGUGCAUCAUCACCGGUCUACUCUCGGAGACGGCCACCAACGCAACGGUGUUGACGAUAACUUCAUUCACUGUCGAACGGUACAUCGCCAUUUGUCACCCCUUUCGGUCGCACACGAUGUCGAAACUAUCACGGGCAAUCAAAUUUGUGAUCGCUAUCUGGCUGGUGGCCUUCGGUCUGGCCACCCCCCAGGCGCUGCAAUUUGGGGUGGUGGAAAAUGGAAACUCUCGGCUCUGCACGAUAAAAAACCGCCACUUUGAGCAUGCCUUCGAAGUAUCCAGCUUUUUAUUUUUUGUUGGCCCGAUGACAGUCAUCGCCGUCCUUUAUGUGCUGAUAGGUAUUAAGCUCCGGAAGAGUAAACUGCUGCAGGGCGUCAAGCGGCAGGGCAUUGGCACUGGGGCAGGAAGUGGUACCACAAACGGUGGCGGCGAUGUCAUUUCAUCCGGUGGAAUCGGUACCCGGAGUGUCAGCGGCCAGACGCGUGUGAUACGGAUGUUGGUGGCAGUCGUCGCGACGUUCUUCUUCUGCUGGGCUCCAUUUCACGCCCAGCGGCUGAUGGCGGUUUACGGAGCGGUCACCAAUACGAACAAUGUGUUCUUUUUUAGAGUGUACAUCGUGCUGACGUACAUUUCCGGUAUUCUGUACUUUCUUUCGACCUGCAUCAAUCCGCUGCUGUACCACAUAAUGAGCCACAAGUUCCGGGACGCUUCUCGGCGCACCCUCAAGCUCGGCUGCUACGGAACGGAACCGAAGCGGCCCGAAAAGGUAAACCACAGAUACAGUGCUCUGUCGCGGUACGGAGUGACCGGGAAUGGCGGUUCCUUCCAUACGACAUCGAAUCUCACCUACGGUGGCGCUAACCUUCAUCCGACCAAGCGGGCCAAAUCUGAGCUGCAAUUUUCCCAGCAGGAAACGGAAAUGAUCCUGCUGCGAAGUGCCCCAAGCCAACACCGCAACUCGGAAGGGCAGUUCCCGUCCACCGGUAGCCAAUCGACGAUUAUAACGAACCUCAGCGUGUGUGGUCGCGCACGAUCGACCUCUAUUGAGAAGCGGCAAUCGAAUGGACGCGCCAACCACCGUAGCGGGGACAACAUUCGAGUGCUUGGUGCUAGCGGCGGGACCGCAAACAGUGAUUCUGGAGGGAGAUUGGCGACGAUAGCGGAGAAAUUGCGCCGUGGAACACAACGAGUGUUGCAGUUCAACAAAUCUCCGAUUGCGUCGCCUUCCAAGGAAGAACCUACACCAGCCUCAAUCGACGAAUUGCAAGGCAAACGACGCGCCCUGAAGAAGAAAACCAGCGAAGAUUCGGUCGAUACCAAUACCAUAAGCAAUUCCAGCCUGCAGGAAUUCGACGAGGAAGAGUUUUCCAGUGCUGAGUUAGCUAGGUUUAUGGGGGAAAUUAAUAAGGAAAUUCGCUAGAAAUCUAGCAACAAAGCAGUACAAAAAUCAUCGAAUGAAGUGAGAAAUAUCAGGACUCAGGAGCUUUUGUUAGUGAAUAGAUUGCGGUUUAGAAACCAGGCGUGUUAACGUGAAGUUCCCGGUGAUACUCAGCUAUGACAAAAAAAAAUAUUCCAUUAAUAAACUCAAAUCGCUAUAUU